UCUUACGCACCAAAUAUUUUAUUUCAUGUGAGGCACGGUUUUCCAGUUUGUUCCCUAUAAAUAGUCUAAAAUGUCCUUAUUUUCUUCACAAUCUUACUAUUCCUUUAUCCUCCUUGCUUAUUAGUACUACUCUUCAGUUAUUGAUUCUGAUGGCAUAUCAAGCAGUUAUGGAAAUUCAAAUUCUGUUACUAUUUCUACUUUUUGUACUACCUUCCUGCAUUUGCUCUUCCCCACUUCAAGAUCCCGAAUUAGUGGUCGAAGAUGUACAAAAGAGCAUUAAUGCCUCAAGGAGGAACUUGGCAUUUCUUUCUUGUGGGACUGGGAACCCUAUUGAUGAUUGUUGGAGGUGUGACCCCAGUUGGGAAAAGAACAGAAAGCGUCUAGCAGAUUGUUCCAUUGGGUUUGGUAAGCAUGCAAUUGGAGGGAGGGAUGGUAAAAUUUAUGUGGUGACUGACCCUGGUGAUCACCCUGUGAACCCCAAGCCAGGGACAUUGAGAUAUGGUGUUAUCCAAGAGGAGCCAUUGUGGAUCAUUUUCAAGCGUGACAUGGUGAUCAAGCUGAAGCAAGAGCUUAUGAUGAACUCCUUCAAGACAAUUGAUGGUAGAGGAGCAAGUGUGCACAUUGCUGGUGGACCUUGCAUUACCAUACAGUUUGUGACCAACAUCAUCAUUCAUGGGAUCAACAUCCAUGACUGCAAGAGGGGAGGGAAUGCCUACGUGAGGGACUCCCCUACACACUAUGGGUGGAGGACUCUCUCGGAUGGUGAUGGGGUCUCAAUCUUUGGUGGGAGCCAUGUUUGGGUAGACCAUUGCUCUCUCUCCAAUUGCCGUGAUGGGUUAAUUGAUGCCAUUCAUGGAUCCACUGCCAUCACCAUAUCCAACAACUACAUGACCCAUCAUAACAAGGUCAUGCUUUUGGGGCACAGUGAUACCUUCAGUAGGGACAAGAACAUGCAAGUCACCAUUGCCUUUAACCACUUUGGAGAAGGACUAGUGCAGAGAAUGCCAAGAUGCAGGCAUGGAUACUUCCAUGUGGUGAACAAUGACUACACCCAAUGGAAAAUGUAUGCCAUAGGGGGGAGUGCUGCCCCAACUAUCAAUAGCCAAGGCAAUAGGUUUCUUGCUCCUAAUGACCAUACCUUCAAAGAGGUGACAAAGAGGGAGAAUGCUGGAGAGAGCAAGUGGAAGAAUUGGAAUUGGAGAUCAACAGGAGAUUUGAUGUUAAACGGUGCGUUUUUUAGAGCAUCAGGAGCAGGUGCAUCUUCAAGCUAUGCACGAGCAUCAAGUUUGGCAGCAAAACCAUCUUCCCUUGUGAGUUCCAUCACAGCAUCAGCUGGAUCACUCAGAUGCAGAAAGGGUUCGCGUUGCUGAGAUGAAUCAGGAACAAACACAACCCCAAACAGUAUUAUAAUAUUACAUAGUAAUAAUAAAGGCUAAUAAUGCGUGCCAAGUGUAUCUACUUUGUGGGGUAAAACUGAUUCAACUUUUUUGUAUAUGGCAACCUUUUAGACGUUUUGUUUUUUUGUUAACGUGUGACGACAACCUUGGCUUGUGUUUACGAUCUACUUUGUGGUGUCGUACAUUACUAAAUAGUAAUGUAAAUGCACAAGCGAAUGAGUUGAUAUAAUUGAAUGAUGAAUGAAACACCAGAAUGGAGAAAUGUAGGUUCAAUGAAAUGCUUAUACUUUCC